CCACUUUUGAGUUCGAGUAUAUAUGGCUGUCGUUGUGUAUAAGAAGUCGAUUGGAAUCUUAAGUAAGACUCAAAUUAACUCGCGCAUUCAAUUCCGAAGAUGGCUUCGACAAGCCUGAAGCACCCUCUCGACCCGCUCAAUGCGGAAGAGCUGACUCAAGUUUCGUCCCUCCUCAAGGCCAAGUCACCAGACAAGAGCCUACACUUCAAGAUCAUCACCAUAAUUGAGCCGCCAAAGGCCAAACUACGACCUUUUUUGAAGGCCGAGAGAAAUGGCACUGCUGGUCCACCACUACCUCGUCGAGCCUCAGCAUUGUAUUACCACCGUGGAACUUCAGAUCUGUUCCUGGCAGAAGUCAACAUCGAAUCUAACUCGGUCGACAAAGUCGAAAAGCUAGAUCCUCAAUUUCAUGGCCAGAAUGAUAUCGAUGAACUCAUUGAGUUGCGAGAUGCAUGUUUAAAAGACCCAAAGGUACUUGAACAACUUGCAAAGUACAAGCUCCCAGAACAUCUGGAAGUCGUAUGUGAUACUUGGCCUUACGGACGAGAUUCUGAGGACAAUCUUCCUCGCUACAUUCAAUGUUACCUCUUCGCUCGCUCGUCACACCCGGGCUCUAAUCAUUAUGACAACCCACUCCCGAUUUCUCCAGUCAUGGAUAUGAUCACAAAAGAGGUUAUCGAUAUCAUUCGACUUCCUACUGGCUCAGAUGCUACUCUCAAUCACGACGCCGUUUUUGAAACUCAUGCGCCAAAGGAGUACCACCACGAUCUGCAAUCACAACCGACACGAACGGAUUUGAAGCCUCUGAUUGUGCAUCAGCCGGAAGGAGUCUCUUUCACCAUUGAUGGAUACUUGAUCAAGUGGCAAAAGUGGAGGUUCAGAUUUGGCUUCACGUGGCGUGAGGGAAUGGUUCUGCACGAUGUGACUUAUGAUGGUCGAGAGUUGUUCCACCGAUUAAGUUUGAGCGAGAUGUUUGUUCCUUAUGGAGAUCCUAGAUACCCCUACUCGAGAAAGAGUGUUUUUGAUGUUGGAGAUAUUGGUGCGGGUGUCACAGCCAACAAUUUGGCUUUGGGAUGUGACUGCUUGGGUGUUAUCAAGUACUUUUCUUUUGUCAUCAGUAACUCCCAAGGGCAACCAGUACAGAAGCCAAAUGCGAUAUGUAUGCAUGAGAUAGACGAUGGUAUAGGAUGGAAGCACACAAACAGCCGAACAGGAGCCGUUUCAAUCAUUCGGUCUCGAGUGCUGGUACUCCAAACCAUCAUCACUGUAGGAAAUUACGAAUACGUCUUCAUGUGGCAUCUAGAUCAAGCGGCCGGUCUCCACUACAGAAUUCAAGCUACUGGAAUCCUGUCGACAGCGCCGAUAGACAAAGGAGCUACAGUGCCAUGGGGCACCAAUGUCAAUGAAGGUGUCAUGGCUCCUUUCCAUCAACACGUUUUCAGUCUGCGUAUCGAUCCUUGUAUCGAUGGCGACAAGAACAGCGUCAUCGAAGAAGAUUCAGUUGCCAUGCCUAUGGAUGACAGCAAUCCUUUCGGCGUGGGAUAUGUCACCAAGAACCGCUUGAUCAGCAAGUCCACUCCCCUUGACUCAGCACCGAACCGGGUGCACAAGAUCAUCAAUCCAUCUGUACUCAACAAAUCAUCCGGAAAGCCUGUCGCAUACGCCAUACACAGUCCCAUGAAGCAGAUGCUCCUUGCGCACCCCAACUCCUGGCACGGAAAGCGGGCGAGAUAUGCUUUCCACCCAUUCUGGGUGACCGCACAUCGCGACACCGAGUUGUACGCGGCGGGAGACUAUACAUAUCAAUCUCUUCCCGACGGAAAGUCGGAUCUUGAAGGGUGGGCUGAUCGGAGAGACAAGACUGAUGACACGGAUAUCGUUGUUUGGCACUCCAUUUCGCUCACUCACAAUCCUAAGCCGGAAGACUACCCAGUGAUGCCUUGUGAUACCAUGGUGGUGAGCUUGAAACCUAGUGGAUUCUUUGAUCAGAAUCCUGCUUUGGAUGUCCCGCAGAGUACGCAGAAGUCGAACGGGAGUAAAUUGGUUGAAGAUACUGCGUUGACGAUUGCUGUUGGGGAGAAGGAUGCGGAUUGCUGUGCACCAAAGUCUAAGCUGUGAUCAAGAGAAGGAGAUUUUGGGAGGCUUGCUUUUUGGAAGAGGCUUGGGUUAGAGAUACCGAAGAUACUAUGCAUACUUGACUACUAGAUUUGAAUCAGUUCCAAUAUCGCAGAU